AACCCCGGGAUCCAGCUUCAAAACCUCCCUUGGGUUCGACAGGGAGGCCAGCAGCCAAUCAGGCUGGGAUUAGAGUUUCUACAGCCAAUGGUUCCAACCAGACACGCCCACUGCUUGUGACGCUCCAUUUCAGUACAGGAGAUAGAAAAGGUUGUUUUGCUUAUGCAGAAGAGAGGGCUGCAGCCCUACAGGUUUCACAGAAUUGUAUUAUCUGCUGUUUAAAGUAUUUUAGGUUGGGUACAAAUGAAGAUGGACGUCAGCGUCUCCGUGUCGUUCUUUCAAGACGAGCUCGCCUCUACCAUCGAGCACGCAGUGAAAGCGGCUGUAGACACCGUCUUGUGCCAAAUCACAGAAGUUGUCGGCGGCAAAUUCACUGAAUUCCGAAUGGAAAUGGCUGGAAAGGAGAAAGAGAAUGAAAGUCUGAAGCUGAGAUUGGAAAUAUCAGAGAGCGAGUUGAAAGCAGUGCGGGAAUGCAUGAACGCUGCAGAUGCAGACAUUAAACAACCUCUCAGAAACAUGAACCCCGACUGCAAUGAACAAGACUUUCAGAGGAACGAGAACCAGGGGUUAUUUCAAGAUCCCACAGAGAGCCAUGCUGUGCCUAAAUCUGAAGCACAGGAGGGUCCAAGGAUAGAAGCAGUUCACACACAAGAGGAGUCCUUUGACCAGGAGUGGUGUGCAAGUCUAAAGCAGGUUACAGAGCUGACAUGUGUUAAAGAUGAAGAGGUCCCUCGACUGGAAUGCGUUCCUAUUAAACAGGAAUUCAUAGGACAGGAAUGUGUCCCCAUCGCAGAGGAAGUUCCUACUGAAAAUAAUGUCUGUACACUUGAGGAGAACAACCAGCUGGGAUCCAGCCUGUGUGAUGAUUGUCCACCUGAAUGUGAAGUGGGAUUUGGAGCUGCUAAAGGGAAUCACACAAGAGGGACACCAUUUUCCUGUGCUGAUUGUGGGAAAAGUUUCAAUCAUUUAUCAAGGCUUAAAAUCCACCAGCGUGUUCACACAGGAGAGAAACCUCAUCACUGCACUGACUGUGGGAGGAGUUUCACGCGAUUAGAAAGUCUUAAAAACCAUCAGCACAUUCACACAGGAGAAAAACCUUAUCACUGCACAGAGUGCGAGAAGAAAUUCACACAGUUAGGAAGUCUUCAAUCACACCUGCGCAUUCACACAGGAGAGAAACCUUAUCACUGCACAGUGUGUGGGAGGAGUUUCACGCAGUUACAAAAUCUUAACAGACACCAGCAUGUUCACACAGGAGAGAAACCUUAUCACUGCACAGAGUGCGGGAAGAGUUUCACGCUGUUACAAAAUCUUAAAUCGCACCAGCGCAUUCACACAGGAGAGAAACCUUAUCACUGCACAGAUUGCGGGAAGAGUUUCACACAGUUAGGAAGUCUUCAAUUACAUCAGCGCAGUCACACAGGAGAGAAACCUUAUCACUGUACUGAGUGUGGGAGGAGUUUCAAGAUAUUACAAAAUCUUAAAACAGACCAGCGUGUUCACACAGGAGAGAAACCACAUCACUGCACUGAGUGUGGGAAGAGAUUCACAUAUUUAAGUUCCUUGAAAGUCCACUAGCGCUCUCACAAAUAGAUCUUAUCAAUGUAGUGAAUGUCUGAAAUGUUUCAGUCACUUAUCAAACCUUAAAAAACACCAGAAAAUGCACACGAGUGACGCUCUGUCCCUUCUCUGAAUGUCAGUUACUGGGUCUUGAAGGACACAAGAUAAUUAAUAGAAUCUUAGACACUUGGACACCUGAACACCAGGAGUAAAUUUGACUAAAAUACAAAGAUAUUUACUGUAAGCAAAAUUAUAAAGUUGCUUGAUAAAUAGAGUUACUGCUAAUCCCUUCAGAUCAACACUCUUGGAUGGAAAAUAUGAGCGACCCCAUCUUGCUGACCAUUCUGGUUUUGUCACGUCACUUUAGUAAUCUAUGAAAUGGAUUGUAAUUCCGUCUGCAAGUCACCAGCUGUCAAGUCAAUGAUAAGCUUUGGUCAAUUCUGAAUUUCUUACCUCAAACAUAGUUUUGUUGUUGACAGACUGAUAGCAAUAUAAUGCCACCCCCCUCCCCCAUAUACAGUUUCACAAUGGAAAUGGAAAAAUUGAUUUUUCUUAGUAACCUGAGAAUGAAUGCCAAAGGUGCUUACCUUAAAAAUAGCCACUUUUGGAAUUUCUAUUCAAAUAAUUAAUUUUGUUUUAAUUGUUUUAUUUUAGAUUACAUCUAGGGGACACACAACGGGACAUGGUGUACAACUCACUGGAGAAGUCAUCUCCAUAUUCUGCUUUACAAGGACAAUUUUAAAGAAUUACUCCAAACACUGAAAUAUUUCCUUUAUAAUAUGUUGUUUUCCUUGUGCGAAAUGAAUCCGAAAUAAACAAAGAAAAUAACUUAUUGAAAAGCCUUGCACACAGUAUACCAGGGGUACUCAAUGACAGUCUAAACAUUGGGCGGGGGCCACAGGGCGCUCAAGAUGUGAGUACUGGUGAGGGGGGGAGUGUUUAAAUGCUCAUGAUAAUCUGAGUAUCCAAUCACACUUUACAUACAGUAACAGAACUUUGCAACACUACAAUCGCAACCAAUCAACGAAUACAUGUCAGAAAUAACUACUAACAAUGAUACAAUGUCUGAUCGCCAUUAAUACUGUAAAGCCAUAAAUAUUUGCGACCAAAAUAUUUGACGAAUCACACCCAUAAAAACUAUUUUGCUCCAGAAAUGUUGGCUACCUGUUGCAAUAUACGAAGUAUGUGUUGUUUCCCAAUCUUGUAUUUCUAAACACUACAUUCGCAGAUUCUCAUAAGUUCAGUGUUCAGCACUGUAUUUAAAGUUUCCAAUUCCAAUUUGAAAUGUUAUUAUUUACAGUUGCAUAUGAUUGGAAUUGUGUGCCAAUUACAAAAAAAGUAAAUUGGUGAUUAAUUGCCUAAUUGAUGAAAAUUUAAUGCAGGUUAUAGUAAUACAAAUAUAUGUUCUAAGAUAUGGAUUUGAGUCAAGACUCUGGCAAAGUAUACAGAACCUACACCAGACAUUCAGGAGAGAGCCAGGGCACUGCCACAGGACACAAGACUCAGCAGAGUCAGGACAGCACAGGACACAAGACUCAGCAGAGUCAGGACAGCACAGGACACAAGACUCACUGACCUGUACUGUCCUCGGGACAGCGCACUGCAUGCCUCGGGCCACAGAACACAGCAAAUUGUGAAGAAGAAAUGUGACUCAUAAUUCAGUCAGUUGAACCCUGAAGACCUAUUCAAAUAGCAUACAUUUAACAAUGAAAACAUUGUCUGAAUUUCAGGGUAUUUACAUGUACAUUUGGUCCUGCAAACGUUAAAGAAUAAGUAGGGUUGCUAGAACGGUUUAAAUAAUGUAUCUGUCAUUUUCCUUUUCAUUGUUAACAUCCUGACAACUUUUUACACUUACAACUUUAAAGUCUGUUUCAAAGCUCUUUUCAACAUGUCUGCUCUAGUGCACUGAUAGUGGAAGGAUUAGUGCCCACAUUAUCAAACAGGUAACACAGCAAUAACAAUCCAUGAUGUGGUACGGAACAGAAAAGCCACAGCACGUUUUGUUAUGUUCUUUUCCUGCAGUAAUUUAGAGGAGAGAUCUCAAACCCCAGGGCACUAGAGCAGACAUUUCUUGCUUCGUCGUUUAAUGCUCCCGAUGCAUUUUUUCCUUGUACUGUGUCUCUGGCUAAACAGUAGCCUGCUGAAUCUGACAAGCGGCAUCGAGGACUGAAAU